AUGUCUACAUAUUCUACUGUUAAAGCUGCUAACUGGAGAUUUGUUGAAUUAGGACGUGUUGUCUUAGUCGAUAACAAAGACUUAGCUACCAUUGUCGAAAUCAUUGAUCAAAGAAGAGUUUUAGUUGAUGGUCCAAACUUCCCAAGACAAUCUAUCUCAUUAUCAAAAGUUGUUUUAACCCCAAUCAUCUUAGCUGACUUACCAAGAGGUUCAAGAACUUCCACUGUUGCCAAAAAAUGGGCUGCUGCUGAUAUUGAUGCUAAAUGGGCUGCUUCAUCAUGGGCUAAAAAAUUAGCUGCUAAACAAAAGAGAUCUGAAUUAAGUGAUUUUGAAAGAUUCCAAGUUUUAGUCUUAAAAAAACAAAAAAGAUAUGCUGUCAAAAAAGCUAUUGCUAAAGCUUAA